ACAGGAAUAGUUUUUAAUAUUUAAUAGAGUCUGACGUUGCAAAAUUGUCAGUUGUAAUGUCCUAUUCCACUGAGGAUACGGCUUUGGCUUUGGCCUACACGAGCAUAGGAUUUUGGGCAUUUUGCGCAUCAAUUCAUGCCUUGGUGCUCCUGGUCCAUGCGAGUUUGGAGUCGACGGAACCGCGACGUUGUGAUACGCCUUUAAUUAGAUAUGUGAAGACUAUACCCGUUGACUUUCACUUCAAUGCGCUGUUUGGCGAUUUACUACGCACUGGAGCCUCAUUUAUACUACUCAAAGCAAUUAAUGACUGCAACACCAACAUGCUUGUGAACUUUUUGCGCUUCAAAUAUGUUGAAGUAUUCCUUCUGCUAAUUUUAUUUACUGUCAGCUGCUUCAGAACAGAAGCGAACGCGUUUGUUAAGGCGUACUACACAAUAUCGCUGGGUGAGUGA